UCAACCAUGAUUUCUGUGGAAGCGACACAAGAAGGCCGUAAUUCCGAUAAUACACCAUAGAGGUCUCUCUCUUUCAACAAGCUUAUGUUGCUCGGAUGCCCAAAUGUCACAUUCGGAAUCGCGUUAAUUGCCGACCAGCGAGCGACCCAAAUGGUCUGUAAAUAGAGUCAAACGUAGGAAUUGAAGAAGAGAUGUGGAGCCUGCGGCUGUGACUGUGGGAAAGGAGGAGAUAAGACGAGACGCGAGGGGUCCGUUAAAUAAGCAGAGCUUGUUCUUGUGAAAUUACAUUUUUGACUUCACUGGAACUCUCCCGUCAUGCCAGAGGUGCGGGACCUGUCGGAAGCCCUGCCGGACCUGCUCAUGGACCCCAUCACCGGGGUGGGCGUGGUGGCCUCGCGGAACCGGGCGCCCACCGGCUACGACGUGGUUGCCCAGACGACGGAUGGCCUGGAUGCGGACCUGUGGAAGGACGGUUUGUUCAAGUCCAAGGUGACGCGCUACCUCUGCUUCACCAGAGUCUUCUCCAAGGAGAACAGCCAUUUGGGAAACGUUCUGGUGGACAUGAAGCUGAUUGACAUGAAGGACACCCUACCCGUCGGCUUCAUCCCCAUCCAGGAAACUGUAGACACGCAGGAGCCGGCCUUCAGGAAGCGGAGGCUCUGCAUUAAGUUCAUCCCGCGGGACUCCACCGAGGCGGCCAUCUGCGACGUGCGGAUCCUGGGCAGGUCCCGGCAGGCCCCUCCCCAGUACACCUUCAUCGGAGAGCUGAACAGCAUGGGCAUCUGGUACCGGAUGGGCAAGGUGCCGCGGGCGCAGGAGACCAGCCAGAACCAGAACCACACGCCGCCCGUCCAGCCCGUCCAGCCCCUCACCACCACCACGGCGGCCCCCGCGCAGAUCCUGCCCAGGCACAUAUCCAUGACCCUGCCUGCCAGUUUCAGGGGGAAGAACACCACCAGACCGGACUACGAGCACCAGAACUCCAACCUGUAUGCCAUUUCAGCGAUGGACGGAGUGCCCUUCAUGAUCUCCGAGAAGUUUGCCUGUGCCUCCAGCGAUCUGCUGCAGGACGACUUGAUGGGCAUCAGCAUCAAAACCCUGGCAGAGAUCGAGAAGGAGUAUGAGUACAGUUUCCGUACGGAGUACAGUGCGGCUGCCCGGCUCCCCCCCAGCCCCACGCGGACCCAGCUCAGCUCCGAGGCCUGAGGGAGGGCGGGAACGAGGGAUGAAGAUGGAGGAGAGAGUUGCGGACGGGGGAGAGAGCCACUUUCCUCUGACUUUUGAACGCAGGGAAGGGUCACUACAAAGAGAAAGGGAAGAGCCAGCACAAACAAAGAAAACCUCCUUUCUGUAAUUUUUUACCCACAAUCCCCCGCCACUGUGGGAUAACACAGAUCUGCCCGUUGCCCUGCGAAACACACAUGACCUCUCCCUGGAUUUGAGCCUGUUCAUUCUGAAUGCACAUAAGGAACGGUGGCCGUCUCUGUGUGGAUCCUCCUUUUGGGGGUGCCGAGCCCAGCCACAGCCGUGAGGGUAGCUCACCUGAAGGAAAUGGAGAGAGAGACAGCGCCCCCUGCUGGUACCCUGUGCUCACGCUCCCGUCUGCUGCUACAUGGGAGGAGUACCAGUAGGAAAAUUGGGUGCUACGGCAACCAUUUAAAAAAAAAUUUUUUUAAAUGUAUUUGUAAUUUUUGUUCACGCUGUGGAAGACCACUCUGAACGACUGUCCACGAGGCUGGAUGGAGAGAGGUCAGCCUUCGAGCCAGACUGCGAGAUUUAACCCCCCCUGUCCCCCCCUAACCCCCCCUGUCCCCCCCCCUCCUCCUACCUGACCUCCUGUACCUGGACAUGCCACUGCUGAUAUUCCCAGCCGUCUUGCUGCUGCUGCCUGAAGUGUUUUGAGCUCAGCGAUCAUGUAGUUAUCUGCCCCCCCGCCCCACGCCCCCUCCUGUGUGCGGUUAUUAGGGACCAGUAAAACCCGACUGAUUUUAAAUGGUGUUGAUUGUGGAUCAGUUUUCCUCAUAUUCAGAUGGGUGUAGUGCGGGGGGGGGGGGAGGGGUAGUCUGUUUCUCUCUACACUAGUGGUUGCAUUCCUCAGAGGUGGACUGAUCCUAAAAAAUGAGGGAGGGGUUAGGGUCUACAGCCCGUCUGGCCCUCCACUAACCCUAACCCCCACAAGGCUGUGAACCAAGUGCUUUUAUACCUUUUAUACCCCCUCCCCCCUGUUAGACAGAACGGACACAAGCGACUCAUGAUGCAGAAGUGCAUUGCAGCUGUGAGAUUAUCGUCAUCAGUCAUUUCUACUUGGUGUUUCUGUGUGUUGUUUUUCGUGAGUGCACUAUUGUUUUUGGAUUCUCCAUUAUUACCAAGCGAUGACUCGGCCCACCCCACCCGCAGACUCCCGGCUGGACCCCUGCUCUGCUCCCGCUGUCAGACGCUGAGCCACUGGAGCGAUGCCACGCGCGAUUUGGGGCGGCGCCGGGCGAUCCGGGCGGUGCAGGGCGACCAGGUUGGGGGGCAGGGCGAUAGGGAUGGGGGUCCACAGCUCUCUGCAGAACCACAGUCUUCUCUCUUAAAUUUGAGCAGAAAAUUAGAGAAAUUUAUGAAAAUUCGCCCGUCUGCAAAAUAUGACCUUCAUCAGUUGCUGUAAAUGUGGAGAAAAAAAUAUUUUAUCGCUGUAUAACUUUCAGAUGAUUUAUGGUAAUUUUACAGCAAAAAAAUAUAGUUUUUUUAGAGUAUGCGGGCAGCCUUUAAUUGAUUUAUCUUGGGUUUUAUUUGCCUGAAUGAACUUUGCGCAUCUGUGAUGUACGCGUUUGCCGACGUUUCCUCUCCUGUCGGCCUAACCGUUUUAUUUUUGGAGAGGAAUUCGGACAAACUUCGGUGAUCAUGAACACGUUUCUGCACUGACAUCCAUAUUCCCUUAGAUGUGUUUCUACAUCACAUUGCCUCCUCGGUAAGUUCAGUACAAAAGGCUGUACUUGAAGAAGGCAGUCCUGUGCCUGGCCACGGCUUGUAAAUCUUCAGUUCACUUGUUUUUGUACUGAGUGAUCUUUAGGGCCAGAGCAAAGAGUGUGCGUUUGAUCACAAUGCGUGAUUAAGCCUCUUUUUAUCUUAGAAAUUAAAAGGAAAAAUUAACCAUAAUCAAACCGCAUAAUGGUAAAGACAAAUAAUUACCGCUGGUGUAUAUGUAAAUAACUCUCGAAAGCAGCGUUUCAUUUUUUUCCUCAUGGGUAAUACUAAUUAUUGAUUUUUUUGUUUUCUCAUUGUGGGAAAAGAGAGAACAGGGCACAACCACGUUUGAAAUGAAAAACAAUUUAUUAAUUGAAAGAAAAAAGGCAAACUAUGGUAUUUAAUGCUGCCACUUGUUUAUAUAAAAAUCACCAUGUUAGCGUGUGUAACCCGUAAAGCUUAAUUUCAGAGACUGUUAAAAUGCACUGCUAGGUUCUGUAAUUUAGUCAUUUGUGAAAUGGAAUGUUUUUGUGUGUGUUUGUUUUUGCUUUCAUCUGGUUUUUCCACUCUCAAAAUGUUCAACUUUGUACAGAAUCUGAAAGCUGUUCCUGCCCGUCAUACUGUGUCCAAUUAAAACUCUGGAUGUAAAAUGUU